UGCGUGCCGGCAUCGUGACAUGGCAAGCGACAUGGAAGACCCUCUCGCGCCGGUUGCUUUUGAAUCUGAUGAAGAAUGGCUUGCAGUUAACUUUCAAGAAGCUGCAUGUAGUGAUUCUUCUCUUCGCUUCAAGGUGCGCAAAAGAGAAAAUUCGAACUGUCAGUUAGUUAUCAGCUGCUCUGAUGUGGACGGAGAAGAAAAGAAUUCGUGGGAAGUAACGUGGAGUUUGGAAAAACUUGCAGAGAAACAUUCGGAACUGUUAGCAAUAUUUCCUAGCCUUAGACAGGAACUUCCGGUCAUGCCAAAGCGGCCAUCCGGGAUAUGGAGCUAUCUUUAUUCAUUUAAAAUUCCUGACGAAUUUUAUAGUGAAGUAGAGGCGUAUCUUCUAGCAGUUACUUCAUUUUGUGGCAAGGAAAUGAUUUUGGAGACUUUCUUUGGAGUUGAAACGUCAACAUUAGACUCUUUUCUUGUCUCUCUUGCUGAUUUUGAUAAGGGCAAAGUGACGUAUGCUGUGCAAGAUGCAAAGAUAACGCUAGAAGAAACAGGUCAGAUGAGACAAGAUGUUACAUCAGCAGAGGAGCUGGUUGUUGUUUAUGAACAUGAAGAUGCCGCUUUAAUAGAACUGGACAGGCAAGAAUUGAAGCUUGCAGAACUUGAGGAACAGCCAUUUGCUGAUCUUCGAGAUUUAGAACAGCAAGAAAGACAUUUUCAUCGUAUGAACAGUAUUGAUGGCAGCCUCAGUAAUCAAGAGCAGCUACAGAGCGUUGGGAAAGAGAGAGAAUCACAUGAGGAGUAUCUUCGUGCUCAAAACAAUCUACUAGAUCUUCAUGAAGAAAAGUAUGAGAGCAUGGUUUACCGUACAACACACUGUAUUGAACAGAUGUUGAAAGAUAAAGACAGGUUUGGUCCAUCAUGGGAAGAACAUGGACGUGAUCGAAUGAAGCGGAUGGAGGAGAAGAUGGUGAUCAUGACAGUGGAAUUGCUGAAAGUUAGAUCCAAAAAGCUGCGUUUGGAGAAGGACAGAAAGCUAAUGGAGAUUGCAACUGUGGAGGAAAGUAGAGAUCUUGAUGAAAUAGUCAAAAUCAAGGAGAAAGAGUUUUAUGAGUUACACAUAAAAUGGCUUGAUGUUAUGCUACUUCUGUUGGAAGAACAGGAAAAGAAAGUGAAGUUAGAAAUUGGAAAUGAAGCAGAUGGCAGUCGUGUUAAGAAGUUGAGGAGCAAGGAAGGCAAGUUAGCUAGCAAGAGGUCACACCUGAGGAAUCAAAAGAGAGUAUGUGUUGCUGCUGUUAAGAAGAACAGUUAUGGUUGGAUUUAUAUGGAAAAGUCAGCGUCCGCUAAGCAAGCUGCUGAAAAAAAACAAGAUGCUGAACGUGUCAAUGCUGAAAAGCUAAAACAACAAAAGAUUGAAGAGCGGAGAAGGACUUUAGAUCGAAUCCAUACAUUUAAAGAGCGAUAUCCGAUGCCUGAAGUAAAGAAGCCUCCUCGUUACUUGCCUCCAUCUCGACUCAAGCAAAAACAGGAAAGAAAGAAGACUCCAGCAUCUUCUUCAUCUAUUAUGGCGAGCUCUAUGGCAUCUAUUAGAGCAUCAGCAGCUAAAAACAAGUCUAGACCAAGUUCAAGAAAUGAAAUGGGCAAAAAACCUGCACAUAAUGGACCUCCUGCAGUUCCUCCACCACCUGCAGCUGUAGAAGCCAAGCUUGCUGCUCUGUCUGACAUUGACCUGUCUGCUUUGGCACCUGCUUCUCCACCUCCUGCUUCUCCAACCUUGCCUGUUACACAUGCACCACCAGUUGCUCCUCCUCUACCUCCUGCAGCUCCACCAGCACUGCCAACCAUAACAGAAACAAAACCAGCAGUUCCACAUGUAGCAGCAACCACUCAGUCAAAAGUUGCUGCUGCUGUAAAGAAAGAGACACGAGUGGCACCUGGAGUGUUUGAUAUUGCAAGUAUUUUGGCUGCCAGGAAGAGUUUGAAAGUAACUGGCUUCUCAGGUGCUCUUGCUGGUGGAGUGAAUGAGAUGAAGGUGCUGUUGAGAGCUGGAGUGAAGGAAGAUACAAACGGAAGUGGGAGUGGAAGUUUGUCAGUAAAGGCAACCAUCUCAGACACGAAUGCAGAAGCACUGAGUGCAGCUCUUGAUCGCAUGAAGCCAUUCACAUCGGGCGAUACAUCAGCUGAGUCAAGCAGCAGCAGCGAUGAUGACGAUUAGUAAAUGACUGAACAUACAAUUCUAAAUGAAUUAUGGGGUUUGUAUCUUUAUCAACCAUUUAUAUUGUCGGUUUGUUCACAAAUACUGCAGAGAGGGUUAUGUUAACUGUUUACGGUACUAGUAAACUGCUUAAGUGUUGAGCUUGUGGAACAUACAACAAACGUGUAACAAUAAAAGAUGUAUUUUGUGAGUAAA